CUUGGGUGUGUAUCUCUGUGUGUUUGUAUGAUCAAAUAGCAUCAUCAUCAUCAUUUGAGGAUUCAGAGUGAUUCUUUGGUCCGCCUUGCGCUGGCGACCGCUGUCUUUUAUUUCUCCGAGAUUGAUUGCAUCUUUCCACUUAUUCGGUUGCAUUCAUCGACAUUUCUAAAGCACAACCAACAGCAGCUCUCCCAAACAGGAAAUUUCCCAUUACAUAUCUCUUCAGAAAGGCGAAGCGCACAAGAGAAUAAACCGAUCAAACCGAAACUAACCACAUCACCAUCUGCCUCGAUCAUGGCUGCGAAAAGUCUGCUCAUGGCCGUAUGGCUUUUGGCUCUGCCACUUCUUUCAUGGGCACAUGUCGUUAUCGUGUAUCCCGGCUGGCGCGGCGACAAUCUCAUAACCAACGCGACAUUCCCAUACGGCAUGCAGUGGAUGUAUCCCUGCGGUGGCCACCCCGUGACAACAAACCGCACCUACUGGCCCACGACGGGAGCCCCCAUCUCGUUCCAGCCCGGCUGGUUCGUGGGCCAUGCGACGGCGAUGCUGCAGGUCAACCUGGGCAUGGGCACCGACGGCCCCGAUGGCGGACCGCUGCAUAUGGAGCACCAGAUUGUGCCCAAGUUUGGCAUUCUCGGCCCCAGCAACAACCCCUUCCCGGGCACCAUCUGUUUGGACCAUGUGACGGUGCCGACUGACAUCGGCGUCAAGGCGGGAGUCAAUGCCACGAUCCAGAUUGUCAUGUCGGCACAGCACGGCGCCGCGCUGUUCUCGUGCGUCGACAUCACCUUUGUCGAGCCGGGCGACAAACGCAUCCCGCCUCACAACCGCACCAACUGCUUCAACUCUUCCGACAUUGGAUAUUCAGACAUUCAUCUCGCCACCAUCUCCACGGGCGUUGAUCUUGGCGAUCUUGGCGAGCUGAAGAUGUGAGCGGUCAUGACGAUUCGGCCAUUUAUGCCGCUACGCUGGACUGAGGUUGGACAUUUAAUUAAAAAACCCACAAGCCUGAGAUAAAAGAAACGAUGAGGACAGAUAGAGAACCCUAGGGAUGAAAAGGGAUGAUGAUACCCAAAGGCAGAUGACGCGAGGUCAUCGAAAACGGACCCAGAGGCCAAUAUUACGAAUAACAUUAUUCACUGUACUUUAGAGCGCAAAGGUUGCCGGUUUUGCCUUUUGUUUUAUUUAUUAAUUGUAUAUACUUUUAUUCUUGAAAUGAAUGACUUCUUGCAUUUA